UUGAUUCACCCCAUGUUUGUAAAUAGAAACAGCUUCCGGCAGUUAUGGAAGACUCAGGCAAUAAGCUGGCGACCACCAUCAUAGACGAAAAUUUGAUUGGCAAACGUCACGAAUUCGAUGGUCCAUUCGGUAAAAGGCACGUCAUCUACUGCGAUUACACUGCGUCGGGCAAGCCAUUGCACUCAAUCGAAUCAUUCAUCAUGAAAGAGGUUCUGCCAGUCUAUGGUAAUACUCACACGACGACUUCCAUUACUUCGGUACAGACGACACUCUUCAGGGACGAGGCUAGAGAAAUUCUACGACACGCAGUUGGAGCGUCCGAAAAUGAUGCACUAAUAUUUGCAGGCAGUGGUUGCACAGGUGCGAUUCACAAGCUAGUAGGUAGCCUCCAUCUAGCUGAACGUCCAAUUAUCUUCGUCGGUGCAAGUGACCAUCACUCGAAUCUGUUACCCUGGAGAGAAAUAGCAUCAAGAAUUAUUCGCAUCCAAGAAGACUUAAAGGGCCUGCUAGACACCGACGCACUGGAACAUUCAUUAAAGAUAGCCCGCAAAGAAAAUCGGAAAAUGAUUGGAUGUUUCGCAGUAGCUUCGAAUAUCACUGGCACGCUUUAUCAAGACAUGAAAAUCACCGCAUUACUCCACCAGUACGGAGCUCUUUCCUUCUGGGACUAUGCCACAGCAGCUCCCUACGUCAAAAUAGCUAUGAAUCCUACCUCGGCGACAUAUCCAUCAGGUGUAGCUCACAAGGACGCCAUUUACUUUUCGAUGCACAAAUUUGUUGGCGGCGUUCAAACACCUGGUAUCCUGGUUGUCAAAAAAUCUCUUCUUAAGAAUCACGUUCCACACGGAGCCGGCGGCGGGACGGUCCUCUUUGUCGACCGAAACAGCCACGUUUACACGCGUGAUAUCGAAAUGCGUGAAGAAGGCGGUACUCCAGCUAUCGUGGAAAACAUCAGGGCCGGCCUAGUAAUGAAAUUAAAAGAAAGCGUCACUGCUGAGUGGAUUAUGAAGAGAGAGGAGACUCUUAAUAAACUCGCCUUUCAAAAAUGGCAAAAUGUUCCAGAACUGAUUAUCCUAGGAAGCAUAACAGCACCGCGAUUGUCCGUCUUCUCAUUCGUCGUCCGUCACUUGGACACCGGCUAUUACUUGCAUCACAACUUUGUUUGUGCGUUGCUCAACGACAUUUAUGGCAUUCAAGCCCGAGGUGGUUGCGCUUGUGCCGGACCGUACGCCCAAGAUUUGCUCGGAAUGAAUGAAACUCUUACUGACCUAUUCCAAGAAAUGAUUGUCGACGCUGAAGAUGGCCAUUAUUACGAUAUCCUGAGGCCGGGCUUUACGCGAUUAAAUCUUCCCUAUUUUGCCCCUGAUUCAGAAAUUGAUUACAUCAUCAAGGCUGUUGUGGCAAUAGCUAAACACGGAUGGACCAUGUUGCCUUACUACCGAACGAAUAUUGAUACUGGAGAAUGGCAUCAUCACAACCCAAAAUUAUUACCAAACGCCAAUCGAAAAUGUUUAGCCGAAUUCGACUUCCGCGUAAUUCGCAAACCAGUGAGCCACAUCGAAGAAUCCAACGUAGCAACUGAAACGCCAAUCGAUUACGAAGAUUACCUUCGAAAAGGAAAUGAUAUUUUCCGAUUAGCUAUGGAAGAUGACUGCGUAAUUAAUCAAACAGAGCAGCAACUUCAUUUCGACAACAACCCUAAGGCAAACAAGUUGCGUUGGUUUCUUUUCCCUAAUGAAGCCAAUAAUAAGAAACCCUUAAAUGGCAAAGUGACUCCACCCUUCACGCCUCGUCGAUACGCUAAAAUUAUAGCACAAUGUGAAUACCAUUUGCAACAUUACUCGACCUUGCAAAAAGAAGACAAUUUGUACGAAUUAGCUCCAGUAACAACCAACAAGCGUAUGCUGCGUUUUCGCAAUCGGCGCAAGUGUUUCCCAGGAACUUCGUAAGG